AUUUUGUUUCAUGUUCUAUUUUGUUGUUUGUUAUGUACUUUGAAUACUAAGUGAAUGAAUAAACAGACUUCUGCUUUGCUGUACUCUAACUCACAGCUCAUGUGGACACACCCUUUCUUGUGAUAUAUCCUUAAGCUUUUCUACCAUGAAACUUUAUCCUAUUUGCUCUCUCGCAUGCCACCCCAUAAAAUUCCUUCCUUUAUAUUAUACAUCUCCCACACCCUUUGUUUGCAACAUGCUCCACAUUGAAUUUCCAUUUUGCCUCAGUGCUGAUAAAUGGUCAUCCCCCUGAAAGAUUGACCCGCCACAGGCGCUGCCUCACAUUACCAAGGUCUUGCCUUUUGUUUAAAAGAAUGUUCCCAUUGGUCAGAUUUCAGCCUAGCAACGACAGAACUGCACCCAUCGACCGCUGACCUCUGGUACCAGCCAAUCAGAGUGACCAGCACCGGGGCACGCGGCCCGGGUUAGGACCAAUUAAAUGGCUCGAUGCUGGGAGUUCGGUUAGAAACGGUUCAAGAUGGCGCUAGUCGGGGAGAGCGAGAACCGGGAGAGUUUAACGGAAGAAAUCCCGGAAUAUGACCGGCGUAAAGAGAAAAUGGUGGAGAUCCUGCAGCGGAGAGACCAGGAGAGACAGCAGGGGGUGGAGAGGAGGAAAAUGGCCAAAGAUGUGACCACGGUGAAGGAGGAAAAGUCCAACUUUUUCAACAUGGCGUUCUCGGAGGAGAGGGCGGCGAUCGAGGCGCUGGUGGAAAGCUGCGAAGGCACCGACCGAAGCGCUUUGAAUGUCCGCUUCGAGGAAAUCUUGCAGAAGAUGCAACGGCUGCAGAAGUUUGUCAACGACAGCAUGAUGUUCCUGUCUGCCUACGAGCUGCGGCAGGCCCAGGACGCCGUGCAGAGGUUGCAGGGGAUGGUGUCGGAGAAGAGGGAGGAGUGCCUGCCCAAGAAGAAAUUCGCUUUCAAGUCCCGCAAAAAAGAAGGUGCCGCCCCCAAACAAAUCAACUCCGUCGAUUCCCCGUCCGACAAGAAACCGAGCGACCCCGUCGCGAUCGAGGAAAACCUCUGCGGUUUUUCGGACGCAGACUCCCAAAUGCUGGUCCGGCGGGCGGACGAGAUCACCGGGAAGGAUGUGUUGUUGACCCGGUUGACGAACUGCGUGGUCCAGCUCUUGGGUUCGCCCAACACUCUCCAUGUCAAAAAUGUCACUAAUUCGAAGGUGUUGUGCGGACCUGUCUCUACCUCCGUGUUCAUUGACCAGUCCGUUAGCUGCACCUUUGCCUUCGCUUGUCAGCAGCUGCGAACCCAUAACACUAAAGAUGCUAAUAUAUAUUUGCAUGUGACCAGCCGAGCCAUCGUUGAGGACUGCACUGGAGUUUCCUUUGCUCCAUUUAACUGGAAGUACGAAGGCAUUGAAAAGGACUUUGAGCUAGCGGGUUUAAAUAGAACGAAAAACAAUUGGAAUGUUAUAGACGAUUUCAACUGGCUCGCGACUGAUCAUUCCCCUAACUGGAGUAUUUUGGCUGAAGAGUCUCGAAUAACAGACUGGGACAAAAUCUUAGCGCCGUAGAUGUAUCUUAUGUACCAGAGGUCUGUGUUUACUGAGCAAGCUGACGAUGUCAUGACUUAAUUGCACCCAUUCCUGUAUUUGAAUUCAAGUAAAAUAAACGUUGUGGACAGAAAAAUUAAA